AUGCGUGCGAUAGGAGCCCAAAGACGCAGCAGCAGCAGCAACAGCAGCAGCAGCAACAGCAGCAGCAGCAGCAGCAGCAGCAGCAGCAGCAGCAGCAACAGCAGCUCGGAGCAUCGCUACUACCACUUGCCGCCUCUCGACCCAGAGACUCUGCGUUUGCUGCAGUUUGUUGAGGACGAUGAACCUGCUGCUGCUGAUGGUGAUGCAGCAGCAGCAGCAGCAGCAGCAACAGAAGCAGAGCAUGCAGAUAUAGAAGCAGCAGCACCAGAUAUUGAUGCCCGGCAGCAGCAACAGCAGCACAGCAGCAGCAGCAGCAGCAGCAGCAGCAACGCUGCACCCUCGGGCAGGCGGCGUAGAAGCUUCAGUAGCAGCACUAGUUUCAGUAGCAGCAGCAGCAGCAGCAGCAGCAGCAGCAGCAGCAGCAGCAGCAGCAGCAGGUUUGAUAGUUGUCAGAUGUAUCAGGGCCCAGCGCAAACAGCAGCAGCAGCAGCCCCAGCAGCAGCAGCUGCAACAGCAGCACCGUCUGCUGCAGCAAGUAGGCGAUCUACUGCAGCAGCAACAGCAGCAGAAGCAGCAGCAGCAACAGCAGCAGAAACAGCAGCAGCAGCAGCAGCAUCAUCAUACCCCCUGCCAAGCCCAGGCCAUCGUUCUUCUCCUUUCUUUCACCACCACCCCCAGCACCCCCAGCAGCAGCAGCAACAGCAGCAACAGCAGCAGCAGCAGCAGCAGCAGCAGGUUCGUGCUGCAGCAAGAGACAGAGACCGCAGCACCUUCGGCAGCAGACAAGAGAGAUGGACAGCAGCAGAAAUGUUUGCCGUUAAUGAGCGGCUGUUUGGGGUGACCUCAACAUACACCCCAGAUGUAUACACAACACCUCUCUACAAAUCACAGCAGCAGCAGCAGCAGCAGCAGCAGCAGCAGCAGCAGAGGGAGCAGCAGCAGCAGAGGGAGCAGCAGCAGCAGAGGGAACAGAAGGAGGAGAAGGAGCACAAAGGACAGAGGGAGCAGCAGCAGCAGAGGGAACAGAAGGAGGAGAAGGAGCACAAAGGACAGCAGCAGAUGCAGCAGAAACAACAACAGCAGCAACAAAGACAACAGCAGCAGCAGCAGCAACAGCAGCAGCAGCAGCAGCAGCAGCAGCAGCAGCAGCAGCAGCAGCACAGCAGAAACAACAACAACAGCAACAAAGACAACAGCAGCAGCAGCAGCAGCAGCAGCAGCAACAGCAGCAGCAGCAGCAGCAGCAACAGCAGCAGCAGCAAUCCAUUGGGACGCCGGCUGAGUGGAGCCGAAACAAUACACCCCAAGACAGAGCAGGAUACCCAGCAGCAGCAGGAGCUGAAGGAGCAGCUGCAGCAGCAGCAGCAGGAGCUGCAACAGCAGCUGCAGCAGCUGGAGCAGCAGUAUGCAGCCCGCAGCAGCAGCAGCACGAGCAGCAGCGGCAGCAGCAGCAGCAGCAGCAGCAGCAGCAGCAGCAGCAGUGCAGCCCCGUGGCCUGUGGGUACUGGAGAGAAGCCUUUGACGGGUUCUGCUGCUGUCAUUGUUAGAGGGCUUCAGCGGCAGCAGCAGCAGCAGCAGCAGCAGCAGCAGCAACGCCAGCAGCAGCAGCAACACGAGCAACAGCAGCAGCAACAGCAGCAGCAGCAGCAGCAGCAGCAGCAGCGGCAAUCUCUCCGGCAUGCUCUGCUUGAAGCGGGGGGCCGAAGCCGCCACCGGGUUCGCACCCCUUUGCUGCUGACGCCAGCAGCAGCAGCAGCAGCAGCAGCAGCAGGCCCCUCACAGCAGCAGCAGCAGCAGCAGCAGCAGCAAGCUUCUUCUUCUGUGCGUGCAUGCACUCCUUCUUGCGUUCCCCCGCCGAAGUAUAUGCAGCAGAAGGAGCAGCAGCAGCGGCUGCAGCAGGAGUUGCUGCUGCAGCAUCCGCGCAACAGCAGCAGCAGCAGCAGCAGCAGCAGGAACAGAGACAGUUACGACCCCACAAACCCCUCCUCUUCCAGCAGCAGCAGCAGCAGCAGCAGCAGCAGCAGCAGCGGCCGGCAUGGCGCCCCCAGCCCCUCUCCCCCUCGAACCAACCCCAGCAGCAACAACCCCACCACCAGCAGCAACAACAACAGCAGCAGCAGCAGCAGCAGCAGCAGCAGCAGCAGGGGUUUAGAUGCUUAUAUAGAUGCUCUGUCUCAGCAGCGUCCCGCAUGGCGCCCCCAGCUCCUCUCCCCCUCGAACGAACCCCAGCAGCAACAACCCCACCACCACCAGCAGCAGCAGCAGCAGCAGCAGCAGCAGCAGCAGCAGCAGCAGCAGCAGGGGUUUAGAUGCUUAUAUAGAUGCUCUGAAGCAGCAGCAGCAGCAGCAGCAGCAAAUGAUGAAGAUGAUAUACUGCAGCAGCAGCAGCAACAACCUUUCGUUAGAGCUGCUUCUUGGGCUCCUGCUGCUACUACAAAUACAUCUGCUGCUGCUGCUGCUGCUGCUCCUCCUGCUGCUCCUAGUUGUCCUGCUGCUGCUGCUGAUGAUGCUCCUGCUGCAGCACCGUCAUGGGCUCAUCCUCCUGCUGCUGCUGCUGCUGCUACUCCUGCUGCUUCUCCUGUUUCUGUUGCUGCUGCUGCAGCAGUGCAGUGGGCUGCUACUGCUACAACUGCCCCUUCUGCUGCUGCUAGUUAUCCUGCUGCUGCUGCUGCUGCUCCUGCUGCUGCUGCUGCUGCUGCACCUUAUCAUCCUGCUGCUAAUCGUCGUGCUGCUGCUCAAGCAGCAGCAGCACGUUUUGCUGCUGCAAAUGAAGUAGCACCAGCAGCAGCACCAGCAGCAGCAGCAGCAGCAGCAGCAGCAGCAGCAGCAGCAACGGAGACAGCAGCAGACACACACACCCAUCGAUAUGAAAGUCGUAGCCGUCUUCGCUGCUGCGACAGCAGCAGCAGCAGCAGCUACAGCAGCAGCAGCAGCAGCAGCAGCAGCACCAGAGGCAACAGAAGCAGGUGCUACUACUGCAGCAGCAGCAACAGCAGCAGCACUUUUGCUGCUGCUGAUGCAUCUCCUGCUGUAUGCGCUUGCUCUGUAGACCCACAUACAACGGAGACAGCAGCAGCAGCAGCAGCAGCAGCAGCAGCAGGAGAAGCAGCAGCAGCAGCAGCUGCUGCUGCUGCAGGGGAUUGA